CUCCUCACUUCCUGUUUGCUCGUUUUCCACCAUCAACCGUGCGUCUCGUUGGCCGGCGCCGUCACGCGACCUCACCUUAGACCGCUCGCUCCGCGUGUGUGUGUGUCAGCUCCCGAUUGGCUGGCUCGCUCUGCGACGUGUACGCCACGCGGGCCUCCUUGUCGUUGGCCCCGCCCUACCCGCGUCCUCACAGUAGCGCGUCGUCAUACGGCGACGUCGGGACGCCGCUCGAGCCGCUCCGUUCCUUCGCUUGCGUCGGACUACGUCCCACUUCUAGAAGAUCCCACGCGCCCUGAAUGCAGCGCUCGUGCGGUGAGGCCACGGAGAAGGAACGCGGUUACCGCCGACGACGACGCCACGGAGAAAAUGCUCAAUGAGCGACGAACUUUGAGCCGGCCCGACCCCUUCUUCUCGUCACCAUUCCUGCGAUCUUCUACCUCUUCUGUUCGAGCCACUUUAAGUAGGAAGAGUUGACAGUCUUAAUCGUGUGCAUUUUUCUACGGACACGACAACGACGACCAGCCGAAAGAGACGACUGAGGCGUUUUUACGAAACGAGCGCUUCGUGUUCAUCCGCGCUUUGAUUUUGGAGGGAAGCAGCCUCUUUACGUCAAUCUGAGGCUUUUAUUUGAAACGCCCCUCAGGUCAUGGAUUGAUUUGGAAAGAAUCUUUCUUCAUCCUAAAGUUUUCCAUUGUGCAUCCUGAAUUUAUGACCGCGUCGUAAAGGUCAUCUUGUCGCGACCUUCAAGUGCUGCACUUUCUUCCGUUCUGGCGCAACGAUCCGCAACAUCGCGGAGGAAGACUGCGGCAAGGCUUGGAAAUAAAUCACGUCAAAGUUGUCGUUAGCGACAUGACGACUUCGUCGCUCAUCAAAAGUUGACCUUUCAGUGGAGGUCAACGUUGAAGUCAUCAGUCAAAGGGCAACUGAUUGCUGGCCUGUUGUGUGCUGAAUCAAGUGCAGUUCCUGUGCUCAGCAGAAGAGGGCGCCGCAGGAGGCACGCGCCCCGUUUCAGGUUUAGGUUGAGCUGCUCGCACGCGCGCACAAAGACCAACGCCGAGCUGAGACGGUUGCGGUUCUGGCCGUCGAACCGUCGGUAUCGGCGAUGCGUCCACUCGUCUGCUUCUUCUCAGGUGCGCUGAUGUGGUGGUGGUGGCGGUGCGUCCACGGCCUCCGGGUGGACAUUUCUCCCGGCAGGCCGCUCUUCAAGCUGGGCGAGCGCGGGCAGCUUUGGUGCUCCGUGAGCGAGUGCGCCGCGGCGCCCGUCGUCUCGUGGACGCCGCUCGGCGACCGGCCCCUCGACGCCGACGUGGAAACUCGGGGCCUUCUGUCGCUGCUGACCUUUGACCCCGUGGAGAUGCAGCACGAGGGUCCGCUGCUGUGUAAAGUCACGUGCGGGGAGCAGCGCAAACACGCGAAAACGCACGUCGGCCUUUACGCCUUCCCGUCGGACCCCGUCAUCCUCGGUCACGACACUGUCCGCGAGGGGGAGGAGUCUACGCUGACGUGCGAGGUGCGUGACCUUUACCCCGCCGAAAUGCUGACUCUGGAUUGGCUGAGAGGAGAGCAGGUGCUGCGCAGCGUCGCGGGGGAGGCCGGCGCCACCGCCGUCCGGUCGACUUACGGCUUCACGCCUCGUAGGGCGGAGUCGGGGCAAAACCUCACCUGCCGGGCCACUCUGGAACUGCGGGACCUGAUGCCCCGCGAACGCACCCGCCUCGUCCACGCCCGCAUCCGCGUCACGUUCGCUCCAGUGGUGACGGCGCUGUCGGACCCCGGCGCGGUGCCUUCGGGGUCCGUCCUGGUUCUGAAGUGCUCUGCCGCCGGCGACCCGCCGCCGGUCCUCACGUGGACGUUCAGGCCCGAGGGACGUGGGGCGCCGCAGGUCAAGGGUCACGGUGGGGAGCUGGCGCUGGUCGCACAGGAGGGGGAGUAUCGCUGCGAGGCGCACAACCAGGAGGGCAAAGACAGCAAGGCGGUCCGGGUUCAAGUCUACGCUCCACCCAGCAACACGUCCAUGUGGGUGCAUCCGGGUCAGGAAGUUCUGGAAGGCCAGCGGGUCACCUUCGUUUGUCGCUCGGACGGAGCCCCGCCCCCUAGCCUGGUGCUCAGGAGGGACGGAGCGGAGCUCCAGGUGUCGGACACCGCCCCCUCGCUAACCUUUAGCCUAAUGGCGCAGCCUCAAGACUCCGCCCACUACCAGUGCGCUGCCGCCAACGCCUUCGGAACGCAACGAGUCACGCGGCGCGUCGCCGUCACAGCCGUCAAUCAAUUGACGAUUUGUCGGUGGCGUGGCGGCGUUGUUGUUGUUGUGCGUUUGUGUGAAGCUCACCCGCUGCGCGUGGAGGUGCGCCCGCAGGUGGCGUCGGCGGCCGUGAAUUCCGCCGUUCUUCUGACGUGUGAAUGUUGGGGGUGUUCGUCGCCGCCCACGCUCACCUGGACGAGGACGGCACCCUCGGGCGCCGUCCCGCCGCCCCAAGAGGAGUCUCGCCUCGUCCUGCGGGACGUCCAGCCGCGGGACCGAGGAGGAUACGUGUGCCGGGCCACCUGCGACAACGUCACCAGGAGCGGCCGGGCCACCGUCCACGUCUACUCGCUGCCGUCCGAUCCGGUGGUGAGGGAGGGCGGGGCGGUGCCGCUGGGCCAGGAGGCGCGGCUCCGGUGCGACGUGAGGGACGUGUUCCCGGCCGAGCGGCUCCGUCUGUCGUGGCGGUGGGGCGACGAGAACCUGCCGGUCCGGACCUUCGAGCCCCGGCCGUCCCCGCGGAACAUCUCGGCCGUGCUGAGUCGCCGCGCCGACGCCGAGCGGCGCCUGGUGAGCUGCGAGGCCCGGCUGCUGACGGAGGCCGGCGCCGUGUGGAGGUCCAGGAAGUCCAGCGUGCUUCUCACCGUCCACUCUCCUCCCAGGAACACGACGGUCCUGGUUCUGCCGUCGGCGUCGGUGUCGGCGGGCCAGAACGUGACCGUGUUGUGUCGUUCCGGCGGUUUUCCGCCGCCCGGCGUCGUCCUGCGAAAAGUGUCGGACGGGACGGAGCGCCGCUCGGCCGACGGGAUCUUCCCAUUGGUCAACGUGACGGCCCGCGACUCGGGGCUCUACCGGGUCAACGCGACCAACGACUUGGGCCACCAGGUCCGGGUGUUCCGCCUCAACGUGACAGAGCCUAGCGUUAUGACUCCGCCCACUCUCACCGCCGUCCUGGUGCCGGCCACCGUCGGUGCGGUCGGAUUGGCCGCCGCCGCUCUGGUCCUGGACUACCUGAGAAGGUCCAAGAAGAAACGAUCCUACCGGCUGACGCCCUCAGAGCCUCCGGCUGAAGGCCACGCCCUCAGCGCCGCCCCCACCCUGUGAGAACCACCACCUUGGUCCAAAGAGACCACUCCGCCUUUCCCGUCGGGGGCUCAGCCGCCCGAGUCCGUGUCUCCCCCCCCCCCCUCCCCCCGUGCUCCAUUGGUCAAAAUUUUCCUUUUUUUCUGGCGGCCUUCAAAACUUUCACGUGAAUGCAAAAACGACACAAGCGAGAACUGCAGAAAACAAAGGACUCCCCCCUGCCGCUCACGCUCAGCCGCAGCACAAACACCAAGUUUGGAUUGGAACGGAAUGGCUACUCGACACAUUUGGAAUGUUCUGCGUGGGGGCAGCACCUCCACUCUUCAUAGUGUAGCGCCGCCCCUGGAGGAAAUCCUCAUGGACAGAGCUGGCGAAAUGCAAACGUGCAUCACCAUAAAGACGGAAACAGCUCCAAAAACAAAAACGGGGGGGGGGGGGGUGUUUCACUUCAAACUUCCGACGCUCAUCUGGAAAAGCGGGUCGCUUGGUCUUCGUUCCUUGGUGCGCUUCAAGUAAGCAGUUCGAAAAGUCACGCAGUAGUUCGCAAAUUUUCCCGGCCGACAUUUGAAAAAUGUCUCUUUUGAAUAUUUCAUAAAUUGACUGAUGCCGAAUGAUUUUUGAAAGGAAAUUCUGUGGACCAUGUCUAACAUGAAGAUUGUUUUGUUGUACUUCCGAUGGGUAUAAUCGAUGUGAUCGACGCGCGCUUAUUUUGGAAUAAAGAAGCCGAAAAGGAGACGGCUUUUU